GUAAAACUUUGUUUAGACAAGAUGCAUACGUAUAACUGUUGUUGAAGGAAAAGGGCGAUUAACUCAACGGCAUCUUUCGAUCUACGCAAAAGCCACCCAUAAAGCGUUUCCAAAAGCUUCCGUGCGCUGCUCACCAUUCCCGUUUCCUCAAACAACUUGUCCUUUUGCCCAAACCCAAACUGUAUAUAAACUUAUAAACCACCUCACAUUUCUCACUAUCUUCUCUCUCUAAACUCUCACUCACAGUCGCAAAUAGGCCGUAUAGAUGAUAGCUGGACAGACUCAGACUCUUGUGUGCAUUUGUUUCUGGGAUUAUAACAGAAGCUGUUACUGGAUGAAUGCUUGUUUGUUGCUGUGAGCAUUCACCAGAAGAAGUAAUGCACGAACCAGAACCUGAUGCUGCUCCAUGGAGUUUUUUCAACAUCGACAGUCUUUUCAGUAACAAUUACUAUGGAGACAGCACCCAACACGAUGUGAAGAUUUGCCACGAACAAUACAUUAGAGAUGAUCAAUAUGUCAACACCGACAACGAUGAGAUUGUUGCACAUGCUAUUCUACAAGAAGAAUUGUCACAAUUGUCAAUUGAAGAACAUCCAGAAUUAUCACAUCCUGUGGAGGAAUACUUGCAAGAUUCCACUGUUGCCCCAGAUUGGCAUAAUUCUUCAAGUAACUAUUAUACAGGUGCAGGCCGAGAGGAUAGCGCAUACGAGAGUGAUGAUGCAGGGAGCCCAUGCUCUAGCCCUGGAGAUAGAUCAUGUGAGGGAGAUGAUUACUCUUGUACUCUGGACAUAACAGACGAGUCUGAACUUGAUGGAGAAGUUGGGAAGAGGUUGUACCAAAUGAUUCCUGUUCCUCAUGUUCCAAGGAUUAAUGGGGACAUACCUUCAGUAGACGAAGCAACUUCUGAUCAUCAAAGGCUGCUGGAUAGAUUAAAGUUGUAUGACUUGAUUGAGCACAAAGUUCAGGGAGAUGGAAAUUGUCAGUUUCGUGCUUUAUCUGAUCAGUUCUAUCGGAUCCCUGAACACCACAAAUUUGUCCGACAGCAAGUUGUCCGUCAGCUCAAAGCACAUCCAGAAAUGUACGAGGGGUAUGUCCCCAUGGAAUACGCUGACUACCUGAAUAGGAUAUCCAAGAGUGGGGAGUGGGGUGAUCAUGUCACACUGCAAGCUGCUGCAGAUUCGUACGGUGUCAAGAUUCUUGUACUUACUUCAUUCAAAGAUACCUGCUACAUCGAGAUACUUCCCAAAGACCAAAAGUCAAAAAGAGUCGUCCAUUUGAGCUUCUGGGCUGAGGUACAUUACAACUCCAUCUAUCCUCCGGGAGCCAUCUUCAGAACUUUUGGUCUCUAUGUAUUGCUAACAUCAUAAAAUGAAAUCUUUGACCGAUCAGAUCUGCCUCCGAGUGAUUUUAAGAGGAAGAAAAAGUGGUGGAGCUUCCGAAACAAGCAGUAGAAAUGUUGAGCUUUUGAAUCAGUUCUGCUUAGCUGCACCUUGGCAUAGUCCACAAGUUUAUCUUCAUUCUUACUAUUACUAUAUAUGUUAAUCUUAUCGUACAUAAUUAAGGAUUACAUGUCAACAAAUCGUUACAAUCAUAAAUUCGUAUUCAUCCUU